UCUCAACAAGCCACCGAGGAGGGAAACUUCAAGAAGCUCAUCACCUCACAGCUGCCUCCUCCCCCUCCUCUCAUUCCUUCUUUUUAUCCUCCUCCCUCGCAAAGAUGCUGGAGUUCCGACCAAAAUGGACGAGGCUGCUGUGUUUGUCGGUGCUGUGUCUGUGUAUCUGCCUUCAGAGGGAAUCAGACGCCAGGAGAGCCCCAAAAGUCCCACGUUGUCCUGCGACCUGCUCCUGCACCAAAGACAGCGCCUUCUGCGUGGACACCAAGGCCAUCCCCAAGAGCUUCCCCCCCGGGAUCAUCUCCCUGACGAUGGUGAACGCAGCCUUCACAACUAUCGCAGAGGGAGCUUUCUCCCACCUUCACCUGCUGCAGUUCCUGCUCCUGAACUCCAACACCUUCACUAUGAUUGCAGAUGAUGCAUUUGCUGGUCUUUCUCACCUGCAGUACCUGUUCAUUGAGAAUAAUGACAUCCAGGAGCUGUCUAAGUAUACCUUCAGAGGGCUCAAGUCCCUGACUCACCUAUCUCUCUCUAACAACAACCUGCAGCAGCUGCCCAGAGAUCUCUUCAAACAUCUGGACAUCCUCACAGACCUAGACCUGCGUGGGAACUCUUUCCGCUGUGACUGUAAGAUCAAGUGGCUGGUGGACUGGAUGCAGAAGACCAACACCUCCGUCCCUGCCAUCUACUGUGCCAGUCCCUUUGAAUUCCAGGGACGCAGAAUCCACGAUCUCGCCCCGCGAGACUUCAACUGCAUCACUGCAGAUUUUGCCGUGUAUGAAACCUUUCCUUUCCACUCGGUGUCAGUGGAGUCAUACGAGUUCAAUGCAGACCAGUUUGUGGUCUUUGCUCAGCCGGAUUCAGGGUUCUGCACCCUGCAUGUGUGGGACCACGUAGAGCUGACCUUCAAGAGGUUUCAUAACAUCACCUCUCGUUCAGCCGUUUACUGCAAACCUGUGGUGAUAAAUAACACUCUUUACAUGGUUGUGGCUCAACUUUUUGGUGGAUCUCAUAUAUACAAGUGGGAAGAGGACCCACAGCGGUUUAUAAAGAUCCAGGAUAUCGACACCAGUCGCGUGAGGAAGCCUAACUUUGUGGAGACCUUCCAGCUGGAUGGGGAGUGGUAUUUUAUUGUGGCAGACAGCUCCAAAGCAGGCUCCACCAGCAUUUAUCGAUGGAACAGCAAUGGCUUCUACUCCCAUCAGUCCCUCCAUCCCUGGCAUCGGGACACCCACGUGGAGUUCUUGGAUGUUGGGGGAAAGCCUCUUCUCAUCCUCUCCAGUGCCUCUCAACCACCGGUGGUUUACCAGUGGAACCGAGGCCAGAAGCAGUUUGUCUUCCACUCUCAAAUCACAGAACUGGCCGACGUGCAGAUGGUGAAGCACUUCUGGGUGAGGAAGGUUCUUUACCUCUGCCUCACGCGAUUCAUUGGGGACUCCAAGGUCCUCCGCUGGGAGGGGCAGUGGUUCAUGGAGAUCCAGACUCUCCCAUCUCGGGGUUCAAUGGCCGUGCAUCCCUUCUCGGUGGGCGCACGGCAGUACCUCAUUCUUGGAAGUGACUUCUCCUUCUCCAGAGUAUACCUGUGGGAUGACCUCACUCAGCGCUUUCAGCUCUUCCAGGAGCUCAACAUGAGAGCCCCGAGGGGGUUCAACCUGGUGUCCGUCGACAAUAAGGACAUUUUGCUGGCCGCCAGCUUCAAAGGAAACACUCUGGCCUACCAGCACCUGGUGGUAGACCUCAGUGCCACAUGAACACGCCAGAGCAUCAAGUGGGCUUUCUCAUUAUAAAUACAAUGUGCCAAACAAAAGUGCAAAAUGUUUAAGCCAUGCAAAUGCAAGUUUGCUGUUUCCUCUGAUGUAAAAG